GGCAGAGCCCGGGCUCUGCGCACGGCCGUCACCGCUGCCACUGCCACCAUGGGGACCCUCAGCUGCAGCCUCCUGCUCGCCCUGGCCCUGCUCAGCCCCCGCACUGCUGCUGCCAAGAAGUGUGACCUGCAGGGCCUGUGGAGGAACGAGCUGGGCUCCAACAUGACCCUCUCAGCCCUGGACGCGACUGGGACCUUCUCGGGCUCCUACCACACCGCUGUGGCAGCCACCAACAAGCAGAUCCUGCUGUCACCCCUGCAAGGGACCCAGCAGCACCCCAAUGGCAAGGGGCAUCCCACCUUCGGAUUUACCGUGCAGUGGCAGUUUGCAGACUCCACCACUGCCUUUGUGGGACAGUGCUUUGUGGAUCGCCGUGGGAAGGAGACACUGGAGACCACGUGGCUCCUGCGGGAAGAGGUCCCGUCCCGCAGGGACACCUGGAAAGCCACCAGGGUUGGCACCUCCAUCUUCACCCGCAUCAAGUGAUGGGGACACAUCAAGUGACGGAGAUGCAUCAAGUAAUGGAGACAGGGACCAAAGCUGCCUGCACCCCACCAUCCCGCCUGCAUCCACAAGGAUCUCUGCUGCUCUGGUCCUGGGCUGGGCUCCUGCCUGCUCCCAGGAUUCUGGCUGGGAAACACACCCUCACCCUGCCCGCUUCCUCCCAGUGCCUCCUAGUGCUUCCCAGCAGCCUGCUGGUGGGCCCCCCUUCCCAAAGGUUGCAUCUCCACACUCCAGUCUGCCACAUCUUUCCAUUAAACUCCAUUUCCAGCUA